UAGGUAAUGAGGAGGCAUCCUGCCGUAAAGACGGGAGGGCCCGAGACACUUAGUCGCUUGUAGAAAGGGGACCCCCAACAAGACGCAGAAGGAGGGGGCUCAGUCUGGAGAUGUCCCGCCCCCGCAGGUGGAGCGCGCAGGCGCAUUCCCUACACGUUUCUCUGACCGCGGAGCCUCCAUCCCAUCCCGGAUCCUUUGCCGCAGCGUCAGCGCCGCCUCCUCCUCUUUUCCUUUUCCGCCCCCUCCCGCUUCCCGGCUUCUCCAGUCACGGUUCCCGGAGCCGGUAUUGAGCCCGGGGCCAAAGGGUGCCAUGCUGCCCGGGUGGUACUGAAGCAUGGCGACGCCGAUUCCUCCGCCUUCCUCGCGGCACCUGCGGCUACUGCGGCUGCUGCUCACCGGCCUCAUCCUCGGAGCGGCCCUGAACGGUGCCACCGCCCUCCGCCCGGAUGAUCCCACCUGUCCUGGAAGCCUGGAUUGUGCCCUGAAGAGGCGGGCCAGAUGCCCCCCAGGUGCCCAUGCCUGUGGACCAUGCCUUCAGUCUUUCCAGGAGGACCAGCGAGGGUUGUGUGUACCCAGGAUGCACCAGUCUCCUGGGGAGGACCUGGCCCGGCCUAGAUUGGAAGAAGAGAUUGAUUCUCUGGCCCAGGAACUGGCACUGAAGGAGGAGGCUGAGCACUCACGGCUUACGGCACAGCCCUGGCCUGAGGCUGCACAGAACCUCCUGGAGCCCGCAGCUACCCAGGGAUUCUCAAAGUGGGGUCAAGGACUGGAACCCGGCCUCCCCUCCACGCACGGAACCUCCCUGCCCACGCCCCACGCCUCCUUGGGCUCCCCUGUAUCUUCUGGACCUGUGCACAAGUCCCCGCUGGAGUCCCGGGGCAGGCAUGAAAGUAGCCUCAUCCUUGUGCUGGUCCUGGCUUUCUGCUUGGUGAGCAUAGGCGCCCUGGCACUGGCAGCCCUGUUCUGGUAUAGGCUACAGCGAGAGAUCCGCCUGACUCAGAAGGCCGACUAUGCCGCCACAACUAAGGCGCCCGCUUCACCUGCGACACCUCGAAUCUCGCCUGGGGAUCAGCGGCUGGCGCACAGCGCUGAGAUGUAUCACUAUCAGCACCAGAGACAGCAGAUGCUGUGCCUGGAGCGGCAUAAGGAACCUCCAAAGGAACUGGAGUCAGCUUCCUCUGAUGAGGAGAACGAAGAUGGUGAUUUCACUGUGUAUGAGUGCCCAGGCCUGGCACCGACAGGGGAGAUGGAGGUGCGCAACCCACUGUUUGACCAUUCCUCGCUGUCUGCACCGGUGCCCGGUCCCCAUUCCUCACCUCCGCUGCAGUGACUCCUAGGCUGAUGCCCACUUGCCUGCAGCCCACAGCCCACCAAUGGGAGAAGCAAGUCCUGGUGUUCCCCGUGGAAAAGAACAGCAUUGUGACCUUCUGCAUGCUUUUGGCAGGAGGGAGGCACCAGCCCCUGGGCUCCUUUGCCAGGGAGAUACUCUGUAUUAUGUGGGAGACCUAGCAUCUGCUUGCACAUUCUUCUCUGGUCUGAACCCUCAGACUUGAGGGACUUAGUCCAGGAGCCCUAGAGCCCAGGCAUGAAUAGAAAGUUCUGGAGAUAAAAGCCAAUUAAAGUCUUUUUCAAACCUGU